CGGACACAAUAGAUAGGGAGAGACGACCGUUUACGUGAGAACGAGCUACUUUAAAUGUUAUUUUAGAGAAUUCUGCCUGUAAACACAGACAGUGCUUCAGAUUUUCGAUUACUUCGAGUAGUAACGUCAGUUUGGGGCUUGUUCUUAAUUCAGAAACGGUAAUAAAGACGGAUUCAUGACUAUCAUAUCAAGACCGGAGCGCAGCAGAACAGAUCACGGAGAAGCACAUUUUCAUAUGAGAUGACGGCAGACUCUUUUGGCUGUUUGAAGUGGUGUCCUUGUGGGCUACUCGGUGCUGAAACGACAGGCGGAGAACCUGACGGCGACAGAUAUACCAGUCUUUAGCUCAUCUGUUGUGCUCGGUGUCCUCUUGGUUUUCCAACAGGAAUGAUGCAUUCAACGUCACUUUGUGCCUGUCUGUCUCUUCUGACUGUCCUCAGCUGUCAUUCUCAUGUCCUCCCCCGUCUCUCGUUUCCCAUAGGAAGUCCAGGUCGUUCUCUCGCUGUCUUCACAAACCCUGAUGUUUAUAACACCACCACGCUGUUGCUUAGCAACGACGAGGGCACCUUAUUCGUCGGAGCACGUGAUGCCAUUCUCUCAAUUGAUGUCAGUCAGACUGACAAUAUGACCGUAAAGAAGAAGCUGGACUGGUCUCCCACAGAAAAAGACCUCGCUGAUUGUUCCAUGAAAGGCAAAAUGAAGAUGGAUUGUCAUAACUUUGUAAGGGUUUUGCAAGAGCUGAACUCCACCCAUAUGUUCGCCUGUGGAACGUUUGCCUUCAGCCCCCGCUGCAUCUACAUCGAUUUGAAGACAUUCUUCAUAGCUACAAUCCACAGUGGUAAGCCUGAAGAAGGCAGAGGUCGUUGCCCUUACGACCCGUAUCAGAAGAACACUGCCAUAACUGUGGAUGGAGAACUGUACACCGGAACAGUGGCAGACUACAGGGGAACUCGACCUGUCAUUUCACGCCACUUGAGCGAGGGCAGCCAUGUUGAUCUGAAACUGGAUGAUACGCUUGGCUGGUUAGAAGAUCCGACUUUCAUCAGCUCCACGUAUGUUCCCAGCGAGGAGAAGGUUUAUUUCUUCUUUAGUGAGACUGGAAAAGAGUACGACUUCAUUGAGAAGUUUACGGUGUCUCGCAUUGCCCAAGUUUGCACAAGUGAUGUGGGAGGGCAGCGUACUCUUCAGAAACGCUGGACCACCUUUGCCAAGGCUCAGCUACUAUGUCAAGCUGCCCAUGAGCUGCCAUACAACAUCCUACAGGACAUUGUUAGCCUUCCACCACCGGAGGGCGCAUCUGAGGACCAAACUCUAUUCUAUGGGAUUUUCAGUUCUCAGUGGCAAGUAAACUUGGGUCGCUCAGCCGUGUGUGCGUUCAGCCUCAAAGACAUUAAAAAUGUGUUUGCAGGACGUUACAAGGUUCUGAAUCGGGACACUUUGAAGUGGAGCACACGAGUACUGGAGCAAAUGGCAAACCCUGGAGAGUGUGGCCUUCAUAAUGCAUCGGACAACACUCUACGCUUUGUUAAGGACAACUUCCUGGCUGAUAAAAGUGUUGCACCGGUCAAUCAGGGCCUUACAAUGGUGUCACCUGAUAAGAGCUACAGCAACAUCGCGGCUCAGAGAGUGCGUGGGGCACGCGGCAGAGAUUACACUGUGCUCUACUUGCUCACGGAGUCCGGCUACCUGCACAAAGCAGUAAUCUUGGAGAGCGGAGCUCACAUCAUUGAAGAGAUCCAAGUGUUUCAUCAACCGCAGCUGGUCAAAAACAUCCUGCUUUCAGUCUCCAAGGGUGCAGUGCUGAUAGGCUCUUCAGAAGGAGUGGUGUCCGUACCCGUGUCCAACUGUUCUUACUACUGGAGCUGUGCUGAGUGUGUUCUAGCAAGAGACCCCUUCUGUGGCUGGGACCCUGUGAUGAAAGUCUGCUCAGACAUAACUAGUCAUGACAGUCUUGUCCAGGAUAUAGAUGAGGGUAAUGUGUCAGAGCAGUGUAAAAAUGUGACCCCCAGGUCAGGCUCUGGCCAGCCCCGAACCCCUUCAAGUGAAGUGGUGUCUGUGUGUCUAAACGAGGUAGUGCACCUGCAGUGCCCGGAAGCGUCACACCUCGCCAAACGCCACUGGGAGCGUCUCAACAGCCAACUCUCGCCCAAAAUCUACAUUCAGCCAGACAGCGGCAGCCUCAGCUUUGUGGCGACCCCGUCCACCCUGGGACACUACCUGUGUCAGGCUGUGGAGAACGGCUACACCCAAACGCUGACCGUCUACCAUGUUAAACAGAAGAGCAACCCCACCACCCUAGCAGUUUCCCCGAGCCGCCCGCAGAGCACCCCGCCUGCCGAAACGGCCGUCAAAACCCCCAUGUCCACGACACCCAAGCAGACGGAGCCGAGGCCUAAACCGGAAGAUGUGGAUCCUACUGUCGCACACAAAGAUUUGCUGGAGAAAGUAGAAAGUAGAAAUUUCACCCGCGUGUCCAGGACGAACGAGGAAAACUCGCGAAUGAUUGAGGCUGGCGGAAACCUCCAGCACGUGGACAGACCCACCUACUUUCAGGAGCUAGUGGUGGUGUCCGUUCUGUUAGCUCUGUGCGUCAGUGCCUUGCUAACCAUCGCGUUUAACAGGUUCAGGCAUCUCUGUCACAGCAGGACGGUCCCACAGACUCCUCGCAGGGACGCCGAAAAGGGAGGAAGCGCGACGCCCCAGGAGAGAGAGUCUCUCAGAGGGCACUCGCCACGUUUGGAAAAGCGCAACGGACAAGCUCCUAACGGACAGGCGCAUAAUGGCAAAUCUCCCAUCACGCUGAGCAACAGUAUGCUGAACGCCUCCAACGGUCACCUACCCAACACACCCAUCUGAGGGCGGGCGGGCGGGCACUGUGAUGGUAAACCUCUUUUCUGAGCCAAACUGGGCUUCUGCUGUAUCAAGCCCUUUCGCUGAACCACUUGUGCAGGAUUUGGUAAAAAAAAAAAAAGG